GGCACCUCCUUGGGGGCCACUCAGUUGGAGCGACCGACCGGUGCCAGGCCAGGUGUGCGCGUCCGUCGGUCCUUCCGUGCCCGCGCCGGAGACCAGCCCCGGAGGCCGCCCGGGCCCGUCCCUGUGCCCGGCACCAUGAAGCAAGAGCCCGCAGCCCAGAGCACCCCGCCCCCCUCGCCAUCUCCGAACGCAUCCGUGCAGUCCCCCCAGGAGGAUGGCGACCCUCCAGCACUUUGGAUUUUCGGGUAUGGCUCCCUAGUGUGGAGGCCCGACUUCGCUUACAGUGACAGCCGUGUGGGCUUCGUGCGAGGCUACAGCCGCCGUUUCUGGCAGGGAGACACCUUCCAUCGGGGCAGCGACAAGAUGCCUGGUCGUGUGGUGACCCUCCUUGAAGAUCGUGAGGGCUGCACUUGGGGUGUGGCAUACCAGGUCCAAGGUGAGCAGGUGAGCGAGGCCCUGAAGUACCUGAAUGUGCGAGAGGCAGUGCUUGGUGGCUAUGACACCAAGGAAGUCACUUUCUAUCCUCAAGAUACACCUGAUCAACCACUCAAGGCAUUGGCUUAUGUGGCCACCCCUCAGAACCCUGCCUACUUGGGCCCUGCUCCAGAAGAGGCCAUUGCUACACAGAUCCUGGCCUGCCGAGGCUUCUCUGGUCACAAUCUUGAGUACUUGCUGCGUCUUGCAGACUUCAUGCAGCUCUGUGGGCCUCAGGCCCAGGAUGAGCAUCUGGAAGCCAUCGUGGAUGCUGUAGGCACCAUGCUGCCCUGCUUCUGCCCCACGGAGCAAGCUCUGGCGCUGGUCUGAGGGGCUGAGCCCCUGCAGGGAGUGCCCAUGUGGACAUCAGGGCCAGGUGCCCACCACAGUGCUUGAUACAAACUUGAUACAGCUAGAAUUCCUGAGAUGUCAUGGUAGACAACUGGGGACUUCUCUUCCUAAGCCCCUGUCAGUCUGCCAGCUUCUAGCUCUCCUGCUUGACACUGACUUCUGAACACUUUAUUUAUUGCACCAUGUUGGUGUGGUGGCAGGGUGGGUGGGGGGCCUGCCCUGGACAUGGCCCUGCUGCGCAGUGGCUCCACCUCAGGCCCUGGUGCCUGACCAGAUUUCCCUCAUUGCUGCUGCUAACCCCACACUACACAGGCCUCCACCUCUCCAGGGAGCCUCUAAGAGCCUUGAUUUUCUGUCCAUCCAGACCAGCCAUUUCCCAGCCUUGGAAAUAUUACCUGCCCAAGUUCCCAGACAGCAGGAGGGGCAGUGGGGAGUAAGCAGAGGGAGCCCUACCAGGACUCAGGCCUUCCAAUCCCACUCACUCACUAGACUCCCAGGGCAGAGCUGGAUCUGUUGCCUAGACAAAACUGCUGAGACUGGGCCUGGGCCUCUUACCUUUUGGGUUUUGUUUCUCCGACUCUGUCUCCUUGUCUGUCUGGACCACUUUUGUGUAUCUGUUGGUCUGUUUAUGGGAAGCUCAUCACCAUAGGCCCUUGCUCCUUCCCUCUCUGUCUCAUACUGUUAUUCAUAAAUUGAUCUCUUAUUAUCUCUUC